GACGAGAGGGAAGCGCGCGGCGGUGACGCCUAACGGAAAAAAACGGCCGCUUGCAGGAGAAGGUUAACUGAGGACUGAGUCAGAUGUCUGUCUUCCUUUCUGAAAUGCAUCUGUGGUCUUUGAAGGGCACCUUACGUGUUGAAGACCAAGACAUCGGGACCUAUCAUUAUUACGACAGGAAAGAACCAGAAUCACAAACAAACCUGGGAUACCUACCCGCGAAGCAACAGUUAGCACAAUCUCGAGAUUAUCUAUGGGUGCUUAAGAACAAACGUCCGGAAAAGCUGCACGAUGCGCUUAAGGAGUUAGAGGAACUGCUCCAAAGCACGCCGUGCGUGCUGACCAAAUGGAAGAACAAACACGUCUGUCAGCUCCUCUUCCAUUCGGGUGUACUGGUCUCCCUGAGCCUUUCUGGGCCGCAGCUGGACCGAGUGGUGAUUGACAGAACCCUGCUAGGCAAAUUCAUCUCUGACCCCAUCAGUGACGUCAUUCUUACCGACAGUUUCAUGAUCCUGUCGUUCUGGGAGCAAAGCAAGCUGUGUUUCAUUUACUUCACAAAGAAGGCCGCUUCUCCGGACAUCAACAAAAGAGUUGAAAAGCUCUCGGCCUUGGAUUUUAAGAUAUCUUACCUUGACAUACCAGGGCCUGGGAACAGAAGACUGAAGCAUCAUCUAGCAAUAAAUAGGACAGAGGACAUGGUUAUUUGCUGGUGGUCUCUGGCAAAUGAGGAAGCGUGGCCCUGGUCUCCGGUUUGUCAGCAGCGAGAGAGAGCCAACUUACUGCUUUUGAAAUGUGAACAUGGCAACUUGGAGGUUCUGAGUUACGUUCGUACCGAAGGAGAUCCGCUCGAUGCAAGUUUCAGCCUCAACCAGCCUUAUCAGGUUCGUACUGUGGAACAUUCGCUCGGCACGGACCAGGAGCCCAUGGCCGACAGUUGCGUCUACGAAUACGUCAGGAAUAAAGUUCAGUGCGUGGCAGUCACCAAAAUACCCCUAAGGUCAAAGGCCAUCAGCUGUUGCAGGAGCCACACAGAAGACAAACUCAUCCUGGGGUGCGAAGAUUCGUCGGUCAUCCUGUAUGAAUCCUACCGCCAAGUGACUCUCAUUGCGGAGGCGGAAGUCUUGCCUUCCUUGAUGUGCUGCCAUCCUGGUGGGGCCCUGAUCCUCGUGGGGAGUUCGCAAGGGGAGCUCCAGCUGUUUGACAUUGCACUGUCCCCCCUUAAAGUGCAACUCCUGGCGGAAGACUUCUCCUCCAAAGCCACAUUGCAGCUGAGCGAACAUUUCGAUAUCUCCAGCAGUCUCGUCCAGAUGCAGUGGGCUGCCCCUCAGGUUCCAUCCCAAAGCACGGAUGGGGUGGACGUACAUGAUCUUCUGUUACUUAGGUUCGACAAAGGACCUAUUGGAGGGCUUCGUUUCAAAACUGGCGUUUUCCCGAGAGGUCGCCUUGGCCUUGCGGAAAUCAUCCAGGAGUACAUUCGUCAAGAUGAGUUGUAUGAAGCCAUUAAUAUCCUGAGUGGCAUGAACUGGGACACCAUGGGCCAUCAGUGCUAUGCGAGCCUCAGUGCCAUAGUGAACCAUCUUCUCAGACAGAAGCUGACACCUGAGAGAGAAGCACAGCUAGAGGCGAGCCUUGGAGCCUUUUAUGCGCCGACAAGACCUCUCUCGGAGACGACGGUGUUGGGAUACAGGGAUCCCAUCAGCAGAUACGCACGAAGGUUCUUCCACCAUCUGCUGAGGUACCAAAGAUUUGAAAAGGCUUUUCUGCUUGCCGUUGAUAUGGGUGCCCGCGAUUUGUUUAUGGACAUCCAUUACUUUGCGCUAGAUAAGGGUGAAUUGGCGCUAGCUGAAGUGGCAAAGAAAAAAGCGAACGCCAUUGACACAGAAUCAAUAACGACCGGAGUCGAAAUUCCAGGACACGAAGACAGAGAGGAGACCCUGAGCGAAACUUUCGCCAACCUGACAGUCCUACCCCGGAAGGAGCAGAAGUUCCAAGGCAGCCUCCCACCCUCCGGGACGAAUUCCGGUUGCUUCACGUACAUGGCACAGAACAGCUCAGCCAGGUAA